AUGCUUGAGACUCUAUUCACGACUGAGUGUUUGGUUGCCACGGCCUACUUGGAGGCCGUCGUCCCGUUCUUCUACUGCAGCUACGUCCUCGUCAUGACCCACCUCCCGAACGCCCGCUACCAUACAGACAUGACUGGGAUUUCUCGGGAUAAUGUGAACUGGACUAUCCUCCCUGUUCUACUGCUUGGGCUGUUGCAGAUUGCGUCACUUGCCGUACUGGCAAUGCUGGCCAAGCGCAACUGUGGAUUUAAUUCGUUUCACCAGCUCGCAUUUGUGCUGAGCGGCCAGGUUGCAUUUAUCCAGGGGAAUUUGAUGUUGUGGAUUGUACUUAUCCUGAGUUUUCGCGUGGUGCAUUUUGGCGUGGACUUCACCUUCAAGUUUGCUUGGGUGUGA